AUGGCGCAGAACUAUAAUGAUGUGGAUGAUGAUGAAAUGCUUAACACAUCGAUGGGUUCCUCCAAGCGAAAGAGAGGAACUUAUGCGGGCGGUGGGAGUUGUGAGCGACAGGGAUGCGAGAUCAGAGACACCCAGGUACCGCUGCUGCAACCACAUGAUGGCAAAUCGAAGACCAGAAAAGGCACUAACACUAAUCCUUCCACCACAACUCAACAUAGUACUACAACCAAUCCUUCCACAACUCCUUCUGGUACUACAAUCAAUCCUUCCACCACAACGCAGUCUAGUACAUCAACCAUUCCUUCCACAACAACUCUCUCCAGUACAACAACCAAUCCUUCCACAACAAUUCUUUCCACUACGACAACUAAUCCUUCCACCACAACGCUUUCUAGUACUACAACCAAUCCUUCCACCACAACUCCACCUAGUACUACAACCAAUCUUUCCACCACAACUCCACCAAGUACAACAAUCAAUCCUCCCGAUACAACUCCCUCGAUUAGUACAACCAACCCUUCAACUUCAACUCCAUAUAGCACUACAACUAAUCCUUCCACCACAACUCCACCUAGUACUACAACCAAUCCUUCCACAACUCCUUCUGGUACUACAGUCAAUCCUUCCACCACAACGCAAUCUAGUACGUCAACCAUUCCUUCCACCACAACUCCCUCUAGUACGACAACAAAUCCUUCCACAACAAUUCUUUCCACUACGACAACCAAUCCUUCCACAACAACGCCUUCUAGUACUACAACCAAUCCUUCCACCACAACUCCACCUAGUACUACAACCAAUCCUUCCACAACUCCUUCCGGUACUACAAUCAAUCCUUCUACCACAACGCAAUCUAGUACAUCAACCAUUCCUUCCACCACAACUCCCUCUAGUACAACAACCAAUCCUUCCAAAACAAUUCUUUCCACUACGACAACUAAUCCUUCCACCACAACGCUUUCUAGUACUACAACCCAUCCUUCCACCACAACUCCACCUAGUACUACAACCAAUCUUUCCACCAGAACUCCACCAAGUACAACAAUCAAUCCUCCCACUACAACUCCCUCGAUUAGUACAACCAACCCUUCAACUUCAACUCCAUAUAGCACUACAACUAAUCCUUCCACCACAACUCCACUUAGUACUACAACCAAUCUUUCCACAACUCCUUCCACAACAACGCAAUCUAGUACAUCAACCAUUCCUUCCACCACAACUCCCUCCAGUACAACAACAAAUCCUUCCACAACAAUUCUUUCCACUACGACAACCAAUCCUUCCACCAAAACGCUUUCUAGUACUACAACCAAUCCUUCCACCACAACUCCAUCUAGUACUACAACCAAUCUUUCCACCACAACUCCACCAAGUACAACAAUCAAUCCUCCCACUACAACUCCCUCGAUUAGUACAACCAACCCAUCAACUUCAACUCCAUAUAGCACUACAACUAAUCCUUCCACCACAACUCCACCUAGUACUACAACCAAUCCUUCCACAACUCCUUCUGGUACUACAAUCAAUCCUUCCACCACACCGCAAUCUAGUACAUCAACCAUUCCUUCCACCACAACUCCCUCUAGUACAACAACCAAUUCUUCCACAACAAUUCUUUCCACUACGACAACUAAUCCUUCCACCACAACGCUUUCUAGUACUACAACCAAUCCUUCCACCACAACUCCACCUAGUACUACAACCAAUCUUUACACCACAACUCCACCAAGUACAACAAUCAAUCCUCCCACUACAACUCCCUCGAUUAGUACGACCAACCCUUCAACUUACACUCCAUAUAGCACUACAACUAAUCCUUCCACCACAACUUCACCUAGUACUUCAACCAAUCCAUCCACAACUCCUUCUGUUACUACAAUCAAUCCUUCCACCACAACGCAAUCUACUACAUCAACCAUUCCUUCCACCAUAACUCCCUCCAGUACAACAACCAAUCCUUCCACAACAAUUCUUUCCACUACGACAACUAAUCCUUCCAACACAACGCUUUCUAGUACUACAACCAAUCCUUCCACCACAACUCCACCUAGUACUACAACCAAUCUUUCCACCACAACUCCACCAAGUACAACAAUCAAUCCUCCCACUACAACUCCCUCGAUUAGUACAACCAACCCUUCAACUUCAACUCCAUAUAGCACUACAACUAAUCCUUCCACCACAACUCCACCUAGUACUACAACCAAUCCUUCCACAACUCCUUCCACCACAACGCAAUCUAGUACAUCAACCAUUCCUUCCACCACAACUCCCUCCAGUACAACAACCAAUCCUUCCACAACAAUUCUUUCCACUACGACAACCAAUCCUUCCACCACAACGCUUUCUAGUACUACAACCAAUCCUUCCACCACAACUCCAUCUAGUACUACAACCAAUCUUUCCACCACAACUCCACCAAGCACAACAAUCAAUCCUCCCACUACAACUCCCUCAAUUAGUACAACUAACCCUUCAACUUCAACUCCAUAUAGCACUACAACUAAUCCUUCCACCACAACUCCACCUAGUACUACAACCAAUCCUUCCACAACUCCUUCCGGUACUACAAUCAAUCCUUCCACCACAACGCAAUCUAGUACAUCAACCAUUCCUUCCACCACAAUUCCUCCUAGUACAACAAUCUAUCCUUCCACAACAAUUCUUUCCACUACGACAACUAAUCCUUCCACCACAACACUUUCUAGUACUACAACCAAUCCUUCCACCAGAACUCCACCUAGUACUACAACCAAUCUUCCCACCACAAAUCCAGCAAGUACAACAAUCAAUCCUACCACUACAACUCCCUCAAUUAGUACAACCAACCCUUCAACUUCAACUCCAUAUAGCACUACAACUAAUCCUUCCACCACAACUCCACUUAGUACUACAACCAAUCUUUCCACAACUCCUUCCACCACAACGCAAUUUAGUACAUCAACCAUUCCUUCCACCACAACACUCUCCAGUACAACAACCAAUCCUUCCACAACAAUUCUUUCCACUACGACAACCAAUCCUUCCACCACAAAGCUUUCUAGUACUACAACCAAUCCUUCCACCACAACUCCAUCUAGUACUACGACCAAUCUUUCCACCACAACUCCACCAAGUACAACAAUCAAUCCUCCCACGACAACUCCCUCGAUUAGUACAACCAACCCUUCAACUUCAACUCCAUAUAGCACUACAGCUAAUCAUUCCACCACAACUCCACCUAGUACUACAACCAAUCCUUCUACAACUCCUUCCACCACAACGCAAUCUAGUACAUCAAUCAUUCCUUCCACCACAACUCCCUCCAGUACAACAACCAAUCCUUCCACAACAAUUCUUUCGACUACGACAACCAAUCCUUCCGCCACAACGCUUUCUAGUAUUACAACCAAUCCUUCCACCACAACUCCAUCUAGUACUACAAUCAAUCUUUCCACCACAACUCCACCAAGUACAACAAUCAAUCCUCCGACUACAACUCCCUCGAUUAGUACAACCAACCCUUCAACUUCAACUCCAUAUAGCACUACAGCCAAUCCUUCCACCACAACUCCACCUAGUACUACAACAAAUCCUUCCACAACUCCUUCUGGUACUACAAUCAAUCCUUCCACAACAACGCAAUCUAGUACAUCAACCAUUCCUUCCACCACAACUCCAUCUAUUACAACAACCAAUCCUUCCACAACAAUUCUUUCCACUACAACAACUAAUCCUUCCACCACAACGCUUUCUAGUACUACAACCAAUCCUUCCACCACAACUCCACCUAGUACUACAACCAAUCUUUCCACCACAACUCCACCAAGUACAACAAUCAAUCCUCCCACUACAACUCCCUCGAUUAGUACAAACAACCUUUCAACUUCAACUCCAUAUAGCACUACAACUAAUCCUUCCACCACAACUUCACCUAGUACUACAACCAAUCCUUCCACAACUCCUUCUGGUACUACAAUCAAUCCUUCCACCACAACGCAAUCUAGUACAUCAAACAUUCCAUCCACCACAACUCCCUCCAGUACAACAACCAAUCCUUCCACAACAAUUCUUUCCACUACGACAACUAAUCCUUCCACCACAACGCUUUCUAGUACUACAACCAAUCCUUCCACCACAACUCCAUCUAGUACUACAACCAAUCUUUCCACCACAACUCCACCAAGCACAACAAUCAAUCCUCCCACUACAACUCCCUCAGUUAGUACAACCAACCCUUCAACUUCAACUCCAUAUACCACUAUAACUAAUCCUUCCACCACAACUCCACCUAAUACUAAAACCAAUCCUUCCACAACUCCUUCUGGUACUACAAUCAAUCCUUCCACCACAACGAAAUCUAGUACAUCAACCAUUCCUUCCACCAUAACUCCCUCUAGUACAACAACCAAUCCUCCCACAACAAUUUUUUCCACUACGACAACUAAUCCUUCCACCACAACGCUUUCUAGUACUACAACCAAUCCUUCCACCACAACUCCACCUAGUACUACAACCAAUCUUUCAACCACAACUCCACCAAGUACAACAAUCAAUCCUCCCACUACAACUCCCUCGAUUAGUACAACCAACCCUUCAACUUCAACUCCAUAUAGCACUACAACUAAUUCUUCCACCACAACUCCACCUAGUACUACAACCAAUCCUUCCACAACUCCUUCUAUUACUACAAUCAAUCCUUCCACCACAACGCAAUCUAGUACGUCAACCAUUCCUUCCACCACAACUCCCUCUAGUACAACAACCAAUCUUUCCACAACAAUUCUUUCCACUACGACUACCAAUCCUUCCACAACAACGCCUUCUAGAACUACAACCAAUCCUUCCACCAUAACUCCACCUAUUACUACAACCAAUCCUUCCACAACUCCUUCCGGUACUACAAUGAAUCCUUCUACCACAACGCAAUCUAGUACAUCAACCAUUCCUUCCACCACAACUCCCUCUAGUACAACAACCAAUCGUUCCACAACAAUUCUUUCCACUACGACAACGAAUCCUUCCACCACAACGCUUUCUAGUACUACAACCAAUCCUUCCACCACAACUCCACCUAGUACUACAACCAAUCUUUCCACCACAACUUCACCAAGUACAACAAUCAAUCCUCCAAUUACAACUCCAUCAAUUAGUACGACCAACCCUUCAACUUCAACUCCAUAUAGCACUACAACUAAUCCUUCCACCACAACUUCACCUAGUACUACAACCAAUCCUUCCACAACUCCUUCUGGUACUACAAUCAAUCCUUCCACCACAACGCAAUCUAAUACAUCAACCAUUCCUUCCACCACAACUCCCUCCAGUACAACAACCAAUCCUUCCACAACAAUUCUUUCCACUACGACAACAAAUCCUUCCACCACAACGCUUUCUAGUACUACAACCAAUCCUUCCACCACAACUCCAUCUAGUACUACAACCAAUCUUUCCACCACAACUCCACCAACUACAACAGUCAAUCCUCCCACAACAACUCCCUCAAUUAGUACGACCAACCCUUCAACUUCAACUCCAUAUAGCACUACAACUAAUCCUUCCACCACAACUCCACCUAGUACUACAACCAAUCCUUCCACAACUCCUUCCGGUACUACAAUCAAUCCUUCCACCACAACGCAAUCUAGUACAUCAACCAUUCCUUCCACCACAAUUCCCCCUAGUACAACAAUCUAUCCUUCCACAACAAUUCUUUCCACUACGACAACUAAUCCUUCCACCACAACACUUUCUAGUACUACAACCAAUCCUUCCACCACAACUCCACCUAAUACUACAACCAAUCUUCCCACCACAAAUCCACCAAGUACAACAAUCAAUCCUACCACUACAACUCCCUCAAUUAGUACAACCAACCCUUCAACUUCAACUCCAUAUAGCACUACAACUAAUCCUUCCACCACAACUCCACUUAGUACUACAACCAAUCUUUCCACAACUCCUUCCACCACAACGCAAUUUAAUACAUCAACCAUUCCUUCCACCACAACACUCUCCAGUACAACAACCAAUCCUUCCACAACAAUUCUUUCCACUACGAGAACCAAUCCUUCCACCACAACGCUUUCUAGUACUACAACCAAUCCUUCCACCACAACUCCAUCUAGUACUACGACCAAUCUUUCCACCACAACUCCACCAAGUACAACAAUCAAUCCUCCCACGACAACUCCAUCGAUUAGUACAACCAACCCUUCAACUUCAACUCCAUAUAGCACUACAGCUAAUCCUUCCACCACAACUCCACCUAGUACUACAACCAAUCCUUCCACAACUCCUUCCACCACAACGCAAUCUAGUACAUCAACCAUUCCUUCCACCACAACUCCCUCCAGUACAACAACCAAUCCUUCCACAACAAUUAUUUCCACUACGACAACCAAUCCUUCCAGCACAACGCUUUCUAGUACUACAACCAAUCCUUCCACCACAACUCCAUCUAGUACUACGACCAAUUUUUCCACCACAACUCCACCAAGCACAACAAUCAAUCCUCCUACGACAACUCCCUCGAUUAGUACAACCAACCCUUCAACUUCAACUCCAUAUAGCACUACAGCUAAUCCUUCCACCACAACUCCACCUAGUACUACAACCAAUCCUUCCACAACUCCUUCCACCACAACGCAAUCUAGUACAUCAACCAUUCCUUCCACCACAACUCCCUCCAGUACAACAACCAAUCCUUCCACAACAAUUCUUUCCACUACGACAAUCAAUCCUUCCACCACAACGCUUUCUAGUACUACAACCAAUUCUUCCACCACAACUCCAUCUAGUACUACAAUCAAUCUUUCCACCACAACUCCACCAAGUACAACAAUCAAUCCUCCCACUACAACUCCCUCGAUUAGUACAACCAACCCUUCAACUUCAACUCCAUAUAGCACUACAGCCAAUCCUUCCACCACAACUCCACCUAGUACUACAACAAAUCCUUCCACAACUCCUUCUGGUACUACAAUCAAUCCUUCCACAACAACGCAAUCUAGUACAUCAACCAUUCCUUCCACCACAACUCCCUCUAUUACAACAACCAAUCCUUCCACAACAAUUCUUUCCACUACAACAACUAAUCCUUCCACCACAACGCUUUCUAGUACUACAACCAAUCCUUCCACCACAACUCCACCUAGUACUACAACCAAUCUUUCCACCACAACUCCACCAAGUACAACAAUCAAUCCUCCCACUACAACUCCCUCGAUUAGUACAACCAACCCUUCAACUUCAACUCCAUAUAGCACUACAACUAAUUCUUCCACCACAACUCCACCUAGUACUACAACCAAUCCUUCCACAACUCCUUCUAUUACUACAAUCAAUCUUUCCACCACAACGCAAUCUAGUACGUCAACCAUUCCUUCCACCACAACUCCCUCUAGUACAACAACCAAUCUUUCCACAACAAUUCUUUUCACUACGACUACCAAUCCUUCCACAACAACGCCUUCUAGAACUACAACCAAUCCUUCCACCACAACUCCACCUAGUACUACAACCAAUCCUUCCACAACUCCUUCCGGUACUACAAUGAAUCCUUCUACCACAACGCAAUCUAGUACAUCAACCAUUCCUUCCACCACAACUCCCUAUAGUACAACAACCAAUCGUUCCACAACAAUUCUUUCCACUACGACAACUAAUCCUUCCACCACAACGCUUUCUAGUACUACAACCAAUCCUUCCACCACAACUCCACCUAGUACUACAACCAAUCUUUCCACCACAACUUCACCAAGUACAACAAUCAAUCCUCCAAUUACAACUCCAUCAAUUAGUACGACCAACCCUUCAACUUCAACUCCAUAUAGCACUACAACUAAUCCUUCCACCACAACUUCACCUAGUACUACAGCCAAUCCUUCCACAACUCCUUCUGGUACUACAAUCAAUCCUUCCACCACAACGCAAUCUAGUACAUCAACCAUUCCUUCCACCACAACUCCCUCCAGUACAACAACCAAUCCUUCCACAACAAUUCUUUCCACUACGACAACCAAUCCUUCCACCACAACGCUUUCUAGUACUACAACCAAUCCUUCCACCACAACUCCAUCUAGUACUACAACCAAUCUUUCCACCACAACUAGACCAAGCACAACAAUCAAUCCUCCCACAACAACUCCCUCAAUUAGUACGACCAACCCUUCAACUUCAACUCCAUAUAGCACUACAACUAAUCCUUCCACCACAACUCCACCUAGUACUACAGCCAAUCCUUCCACAACUCCUUCCGGUACUACAAUCAAUCCUUCCACCACAACGCAAUCUAGUACAUCAACCAUUCCUUCCACCACAAUUCCCCCUAGUACAACAAUCUAUCCUUCCACAACAAUUCUUUCUAUUACGACAACUAAUCCUUCCACCACAACACUUUCUAGUACUACAACCAAUCCUUCCACCACAACUCCACCUAAUACUACAACCAAUCUUCCCACCACAAAUCCACCAAGUACAAAAAUCAAUCCUACCACUACAACUCCCUCAAUUAGUACAACCAACCCUUCAACUUCAACUCCAUAUAGCACUACAACUAAUCCUUCCACCACAACUCCACUUAGUACUACAACCAAUCUUUCCACAACUCCUUCCACCACAACGCAAUUUAGUACAUCAACUAUUUCUUCCACCACAACACUCUCCAGUACAACAACCAAUCCUUCCACAACAAUUCUUUCCACUACGAGAACCAAUCCUUCCACCACAACGCUUUCUAGUACUACAACCAAUCCUUCCACCACAACUCCAUCUAGUACUACGACCAAUCUUUCCACCACAACUCCACCAAGUACAACAAUCAAUCCUCCCACGACAACUCCCUCGAUUAGUACAACCAACCCUUCAACUUCAACUCCAUAUAGCACUACAGCUAAUCCUUCCACCACAACUCCACCUAAUACUACAACCAAUCCUUCCACAACUCCUUCCACCACAACGCAAUCUAGUACAUCAACCAUUCCUUCCACCACAACUCCCUCCAGUACAACAACCAAUCCUUCCACAACAAUUCUUUCCACUACGACAACCAAUCCUUCCACCACAACGCUUUCAAGUACUACAGCCAAUCCUUCCACCACAACUCCAUCUAGUACUACAACCAAUCUUUCCACCACAACUCCACCAAGUACAACAAUCAAUCCUCCCACUACAACUCCCUCGAUUAGUACAACCAACCCUUCAACUUCAACUCCAUAUAGCACUACAGCUAAUCCUUCCACCACAACUCCACCUAGUACUACAAGCAAUCCUUCCACAACUCCUUCUGGUACUACAAUCAAUCCUUCCACCACAACGCAAUCUAGUACAUCAACCAUUCCUUCCACCACAACUCCCUCUAUUACAACAACCAAUCCUUCCACAACAAUUCUUUCCACUACAACAACCAAUCCUUCCACCACAACGCUUUCUAGUACAACAACCAAUCCUUCCACCACAACUCCAUCUAGUACUACGACCAAUCUUUCCACCACAACUCCACCAAGUACAACAAUCAAUCCUACCACGAUAACUCCCUCGAUUAGUACAACCAACCCUUCAACUUCAACUCCAUAUAGCACUACAGCUAAUCCUUCCACCACAACUCCACCUAAUACUACAACUAAUCCUUCCACAACUCCUUCCACCAUAACGCAAUCUAGUACAUCAACCAUUCCUUCCACCACAACUCCCUCCAGCACAACAACCAAUCCUUCCACAACAAUUCUUUCCACUACGACAACCAAUCCUUCCACCACAACGCUUUCUAGUACUACAACCAAUCCUUCCACCACAACUCCAUCUAGUACUACAACCAAUCUUUCCACCACAACUCCACCAAGUACAACAAUCAAUCCUCCCACUACAACUCCCUCGAUUAGUACAACCAACCCUUCAACUUCAACUCCAUAUAGCACUACAGCUAAUCCUUCCACCACAACUCCACCUAGUACUACAAGCAAUCCUUCCACAACUCCUUCUGGUACUACAAUCAAUCCUUCCACCACAACGCAAUCUAGUACAUCAACCAUUCCUUCCACCACAACUCCCUCUAUUACAACAAUCAAUCCUUCCACAACAAUUCUUUCCACUACAACAACUAAUCCUUCCACCACAACGCUUUCUAGUACUACAACCAAUCCUUCCACCACAACUCCACCUAGUACUACAACCAAUCUUUCCACCACAACUCCACCAAGUACAACAAUCAAUCCUCCCACUACAACUCCUUUCAUUAGUACAAACAACCCUUCAACUUCAACUCCAUAUAGCACUACAACUAAUCCUUCCACCACAACUUCACCUAGUACUACAACCAAUCCUUCCACAACUCCUUCUGGUACUACAAUCAAUCCUUCCACCACAACGCAAUCUAGUACAUCAACCAUUCCAUCCACAACAACUCCCUCCAGUACAACAACUAAUCCUUCCACAACAAUUCUUUCCACUACGAUAACUAAUCCUUCCACCACAACGCUUUCUAGUACUACAACCAAUCCUUCCACCACAACUCCAUCUAGUACAACAACCAAUCUUUCCACCACAACUCCACCAAGCACAACAAUCAAUCAUCCCACUACAACUCCCUCAAUUAGUACAAUCAACUCUUCAACUUCAACUCCAUAUAGCACUACAACUAAUCCUUCCACCACAACUCCACCUAGAACUACAACCAAUCCUUCCACAACUCCUUCUGGUACUACAAUCAAUCCUUCCACCACAACGCAAUCUAGUACAUCAACCAUUCCUUCCACCACAACUCCCUCCAGCACAACAACCAAUCCUUCCACAACAAUUCUUUCCACUACGACAACCAAUCCUUCCACCACAACGCUUUCUAGUACUACAACCAAUCCUUCCACCACAACUCCAUCUAGUACUACAACCAAUCUUUCCACCACAACUCCACUAAGUACAACAAUCAAUCCUCCCACUACAACUCCCUCGAUUAAUACAACCAACCCUUCAACUUCAACUCCAUAUAGCACUACAGCUAAUCCUUCCACCACAACUCCACCUAGUACUACAAGCAAUCCUUCCACAACUCCUUCUGGUACUACAAUCAAUCCUUCCACCACAACGCAAUCUAGUACAUCAACCAUUCCUUCCACCACAACUCCCUCUAUUACAACAAUCAAUCCUUCCACAACAAUUCUUUCCACUACAACAACUAAUCCUUCCACCACAACGCUUUCUAGUACUACAACCAAUCCUUCCACCACAACUCCACCUAGUACUACAACCAAUCUUUCCACCACAACUCCACCAAGUACAACAAUCAAUCCUCCCACUACAACUCCUUUGAUUAGUACAAACAACCCUUCAACUUCAACUCCAUAUAGCACUACAACUAAUCCUUCCACCACAACUUCACCUAGUACUACAACCAAUCCUUCCACAACUCCUUCUGGUACUACAAUCAAUCCUUCCACCACAACGCAAUCUAGUACAUCAACCAUUCCAUCCACAACAACUCCCUCCAGUACAACAACCAAUCCUUCCACAACAAUUCUUUCCACUACGACAACUAAUCCUUCCACCACAACGCUUUCUAGUACUACAACCAAUCCUUCUACCACAACUCCACCUAGUACUACAACCAAUCUUUCCACCACAACUCCACCAAGUACAACAAUCAAUCCUCCCAUUACAACUCCCUCGAUUAGUACGACCAACCCUUCAACUUCAACUCCAUAUAGCACUACAGCUAAUCCUUCCACCACAACUCCACCUAGUACUACAAGCAAUCCUUCCACAACUCCUUCUGGUACUACAAUCAAUCCUUCCACCACAACGCAAUCUAGUACAUCAACCAUUCCUUCCACCACAACUCCCUCUAUUACAACAAUCAAUCCUUCCACAACAAUUCUUUCCACUACAACAACUAAUCCUUCCACCACAACGCUUUCUAGUACUACAACCAAUCCUUCCACCACAACUCCACCUAGUACUACAACCAAUCUUUCCACCACAACUCCACCAAGUACAACAAUCAAUCCUCCCACUACAACUCCUUUGAUUAGUACAACCAACCCUUCAACUUCAACUCCAUAUAGCACUACAACUAAUCCUUCCACCACAACUUCACCUAGUACUACAACCAAUCCUUCCACAACUCCUUCUGGUACUACAAUCAAUCCUUCCACCACAACGCAAUCUAGUACAUCAACCAUCCCUUCCACCACAACUCCCUCCAGUAUAACAACCAAUCCUUCCACAACAAUUCUUUCCACUACGACAACUAAUCCUUCCACCACAACGCUUUCUAGUACUACAACCAAUCCUUCCACCACAACUCCACCUAGUACUACAACCAAUCUUUCCACCACAACUCCACCAAGUACAACAAUCAAUCCUCCCACUACAACUCCCUCGAUUAGUACAACCAACCCUACAACUUCAACUCCAUACAGCACUACAACUAAUCCUUCCACCACAACUCCACCUAGAACUACAACCAAUCCUUCCACAACUCCUUCCGGUACUACAAUCAAUCCUUCCACCACAACGCAAUCUAGUACAUCAACCAUUCCUUCCACCACAACUCCCUCUAUUACAACAACCAAUCCUUCCACAACAAUUCUUUCCACUACGACAACUAAUCCUUCCACCACAACGCUUUCUAGUACUACAACCAAUCCUUCCACCACAACUCCACCUAGUACUACAAGCAAUCUUUCCACCACAACUCCACCAAGUACAACAAUCAAUCCUCCCACUACAACUCCCUCGAUUAGUACGACCAACCCUACAACUUCAACUCCAUACAGCACUACAACUAAUCCUUCCACCACAACUCCACCUAGUACUACAACCAAUCCUUCCACAACUUCUUCUGGUACUACAAACAAUCCUUCCAUCACAACGCAAUCUAGUACAUCAACCAUUCCUUCCACCACAACUCCCUUUAGUACAACAACCAAUCCUUCCACAACAAUUCUUUCCACUACGACAACCAAUCCUUCCACCACAACGCUUUCUAGUACUACAGCCAAUCCUUCCACCACAACUCCACCUAGUACUACAACCAAUCUUUCCACCACAAUUCCACCAAGUACGACAAUCAAUCCUCCCACUACAACUCCCUCAAUUAGCACAACCAACCCUACAACUUCAACUCCAUACAGCACUACAACUAAUCCUUCCACCACAACUCCACCUAGUACUACAACCAGCCCUUCCACAACUCCUUCCGGUACUACAAUCAAUCCUACCACCACAACGCAAUCUAGUACAUCAACCAUUCCUUCCACCACAACUCCCUCUAUUACAACAACCAAUCCUUCCACAACAAUUCUUUCCACUACGACAACUAAUCCUUCCACCACAACGCUUUCUAGUACUACAACCAAUCUUUCCACCACAACUCCACCUAGUACUACAAACAAUCUUUCCACCACAACUCCACCAAGUACAACAAUCAAUCCUCCUACUACAACUCCCUCGAUUAGUACAACCAACCCUACAACUUCAACUCCAUACAGCACUACAACUAAUCCUUCCACCACAACUCCACCUAGUACUACAACCAAUCCUUCCACAACUCCUUCCAGUACUACAAUCAAUCCUUCCACCACAACGCAAUCUAGUACAUCAACAAUUCCUUCCACCACAACUCCCUCUAGUACAACAACCAAUCCUUCCACAACAAUUCUUUCCACUUCGACAACCAAUCCUUCCACCACAACGCUUUCUAGUACUACAGCCAAUCCUUCCACCACAACUCCCCCUAGUACUACAACCAAUCUUUCCACCACAACUCCACCAAGUACAACAAUCAAUCCUCCCACUACAACUCCCUCGAUUAGUACAACCAACCCUACAACUUCAACUCCAUACAGCACUACAACUAAUCCUUCCACCACAACUCCACCUAGUACUACAACCAGUCCUUCCACAACUCCUUCCGGUACUACAAUCAAUCCUUCCACCACAACACAAUCUAGUACAUCAACCAUUCCUUCCACCACAACUCCCUCUAUUACAACAACCAAUCCUUCCACAACAAUUCUUUCCACUACGACAACUAAUCCUUCCACCACAACGCUUUCUAGUACAACAACCAAUCCUUCCACCACAACUCCAUCUAGUACUACAACCAAUCUUUCCACCACAACUCCACCAAGUACAACAAUCAAUCCUCCCACUACAACUCCCUCGAUUAGUACAACCAACCCUUCAACUUCAACUAAAUAUAGCACUACAACUAAUCCUUCAACCACAACUUCACCUAGUACUACAACCAAUCCUUCCACAACUCCUUCUGGUACUACAAUCAAUCCUUCCACCACAACGCAAUCUAGUACAUCAACCAUCCCUUCCACCACAACUCCCUCCAGUAUAACAACCAAUCCUACCACAACAAUUCUUUCCACUACGACAACUAAUCCUUCCACCACAACUCUUUCUAGUACUACAACCAAUCCUUCCACCACAACUCCACCUAGUACUACAACCAAUCUUUCCACCACAACUCCACCAAGUACAACAAUCAAUCCUCCCACUACAACUCCCUCGAUUAGUACAACCAACCCUACAACUUCAACUCCAUACAGCACUACAACUAAUCCUUCCACCACAACUCCACCUAGUACUACAACCAGUCCUUCCACAACUCCUUCCGGUACUACAAUCAAUCCUUCCACCACAACGCAAUCUAGUACAUCAACCAUUCCUUCCACCACAACUCCCUCUAUUACAACAACCAAUCCUUCCACAACAAUUCUUUCCACUACGACAACUAAUCCUUCCACCACAACGCUUUCUAGUACUACAACCAAUCCUUCCACCACAACUCCAUCUAGUACUACAACCAAUCUUUCCACCACAACUCCACCAAGUACAACAAUCAAUCCUCCCACUACAACUCCCUCGAUUAGUACAACCAACCCUUCAACUUCAACUAAAUAUAGCACUACAACUAAUCCUUCCACCACAACUUCACCUAGUACUACAACCAAUCCUUCCACAACUCCUUCUGGUACUACAAUCAAUCCUUCCACCACAACGCAAUCUAGUACAUCAACCAUCCCUUCCACCACAACUCCCUCCAGUAUAACAACCAAUCCUACCACAACAAUUCUUUCCACUACGACAACUAAUCCUUCCACCACAACUCUUUCUAGUACUACAGCCAAUCCUUCCACCACAACUCCACCUAGUACUACAAGCAAUCUUUCCACCACAACUCCACCAAGUACAACAAUCAAUCCUCCCACUACAACUCCCUCGAUUAGUACAACCAUCCCUACAACUUCAACUCCAUACAGCACUACAACUAAUCCUUCCACCACAACUCCACCUAGUACUACAACCAGACCUUCCACAACUCCUUCCGGUACUACAAUCAAUCCUUCCACCACAACGCAAUCUAGUACAUCAACCAUUCCUUCCACCACAACUCCCUCUAUUACAACAACCAAUCCUUCCACAACAAUUCUUUCCACUACGACAACUAAUCCUUCCACCACAACGCUUUCUAGUACUACAACCAAUCCUUCCACCACAACUCCAUCUAGUACUACAACCAAUCUUUCCACCACAACUCCACCAAGUACAACAAUCAAUCCUCCCACUACAACUCCCUCGAUUAGUACAACCAACCCUUCAACUUCAACUAAAUAUAGCACUACAACUAAUCCUUCCACCACAACUUCACCUAGUACUACAACCAAUCCUUCCACAACUCCUUCUGGUACUACAAUCAAUCCUUCCACCACAACGCAAUCUAGUACAUCAACCAUCCCUUCCACCACAACUCCCUCCAGUAUAACAACCAAUCCUACCACAACAAUUCUUUCCACUACGAGAACUAAUCCUUCCACCACAACUCUUUCUAGUACUACAACCAAUCCUUCCACCACAACUCCACCUAGUACUACAACCAAUCUUUCCACCACAACUCCACCAAGUACAACAAUCAAUCCUCCCACUACAACUCCCUCAAUUAGUACAACCAACCCUACAACUUCAACUCCAUACAGCACUACAACUAAUCCUUCCACCACAACUCCACCUAGUACUACAACCAGUCCUUCCACAACUCCUUCCGGUACUACAAUCAAUCCUUCCACCACAACGCAAUCUAGUACAUCAACCAUUCCUUCCACCACAACUCCCUCUAGUACAACAACCAAUCCUUCCACAACAAUUCUUUCCACUACGACAACUAAUCCUUCCACCACAACGCUUUCUAGUACUACAACCAAUCCUUCCACCACAACUCCACCUAGUACUACAACCAAUCUUUCCACCACAACUCCACCAAGUACAACAAUCAAUCCUCCCACUACAACUCCCUCGAUUAGUACAACCAACCCUACAACUUCAACUCCAUACAGCACUACAACUAAUCCUUCCACCACAACUCCACCUAGUACUACAACCAAUCUUUCCACAACUCUUUCCAGUACUACAAUCAAUCCUUCCACCACAACACAAUCUAGUACAUCAACAAUUCCUUCCACCACAACUCCCUCUAGUACAACAACCAAUCCUUCCACAACAAUUCUUUCCACUUCGACAACCAAUCCUUCCACCACAACGCUUUCUAGUACUACAGCCAAUCCUUCCACCACAACUCCACCUAGUACUACAACCAAUCUUUCCACCACAACUCCACCAAGUACAACAAUCAAUCCUCCCACUACAACUCCCUCGAUUAGUACAACCAACCCUACAACUUCAACUCCAUACAGCACUACAACUAAUCCUUCCACCACAACUUCACCUAGUACUACAACCAAUCCUUCCACAACUCCUUCCGGUACUACAAUCAAUCCUUCCACCACAACGCAAUCUAGUACAUCAACCAUUCCUUCCACCACAACUCCCUCUAUUACAACAACCAAUCCUUCCACAACAAUUCUUUCCACUACGACAACUAAUCCUUCCACCACAACGCUUUCUAGUACAACAACCAAUCCUUCCAUCACAACUCCAUCUAGUACUACAACCAAUCUUUCCACCACAACUCCACCAAGAACAACAAUCAAUCCUCCCACUACAACUCCCUCAAUUAGUACAACCAACCCUACAACUUCAACUCCAUACAGCACUACAACUAAUCCUUCCACCACAACUCCACCUAGUACUACAACCAGUUCUUCCACAACUCCUUCCGGUACUACAAUCAAUCCUUCCACCACAACGCAAUCUAGUACAUCAACCAUCCCUUCCACCACAACUCCCUUCAGUAUAACAACCAAUCCUACCACAACAAUUCUUUCCACUACGACAACUAAUCCUUCCACCACAACUCUUUCUAGUACUACAACCAUUCCUUCCACCACAACUCCAACUAGUACUACAAGCAAUCUUUCCACCACAACUCCACCAAGUACAACAAUCAAUCCUCCCACUACAACUCCCUCGAUUAGUACAACCAACCCUACAACUUCAACUCCAUACAGCACUACAAUUAAUCCUUCCACCACAACUUCACCUAGUACUACAACCAAUCCUUCCACAACUCCUUCCGGUACUACAAUCAAUCCUUCCACCACAACGCAAUCUAGUACAUCAACCAUUCCUUCCACCACAACUCCCUCCAGUACAACAACCAAUCCUUCCACAACAAUUCUUUCCACUACGACAACUAAUCCUUCCACCACAACGCUUUCUAGUACUACAACCAAUCCUUCCACCACAACUCCACCUAGUACUACAAACAAUCUUUCCACCACAACUCCACCAAGUACAACAAUCAAUCCUCCCACUACAACUCCCUCGAUUAGUACAACCAACCCUUCAACUUCAACUCCAUAUAGCACUACAACUAAUCCUUCCACCACAACUCCACCUAGUACUACAACCAAUCCUUCCACAACUCCUUCUGGUACUACAAUCAAUCCUUCCACCACAACGCAAUCUAGUACAUCAACCAUUCCUUCCACCACAACUCCCUUUAGUACAACAACCAAUCCUUCCACAACAAUUCUUUCCACUACGACAACCAAUCCUUCCACCACAACGCUUUCUAGUACUACAACCAAUCCUUCCACCACAACUCCACCUAGUACUACAACCAAUCUUUCCACCACAACUCCACCAAGUACAACAAUCAAUCCUCCCACUACAACUCCCUCGAUUAGUACAACCAACCCUACAACUUCAACUCCAUACAGCACUACAACUAAUCCUUCCACCACAACUCCACCUAGUACUACAACCAAUCCUUCCACAACUCCUUCCGGUACUACAAUCAAUCCUUCCACCACAACGCAAUCUAGUACAUCAACCAUUCCUUCCACCACAACUCCCUCUAUUACAACAACCAAUCCUUCCACAACAAUUCUUUCCACUACGACAACUAAUCCUUCCACCACAACGCUUUCUAGUACUACAACCAAUCCUUCCACCACAACUCCACCUAGUACUACAACCAAUCUUUCCACCACAACUCCACCAAUACAACCAACCCUUCAACUUCAACUUCCAUAUAGCACUACAACUAAUCCUUCCACCACAACUCCACCUAGUACUACAACCAAUCCUUCCACAACUCCUUCUGGUACUACAAUCAAUCCUUCCACCACAACGCAAUCUAGUACAUCAACAAUUCCUUCCACCACAACUCCCUCUAGUACAACAACCAAUCCUUCCACAACAAUUCUUUCCACUACGACAACUAAUCCUUCCACCACAACGCUUUCUAGUACUACAACCAAUCCUUCCACCACAACUCCACCUAGUACUACAACCAAUCUUUCCACCACAACUCCACCAAGUACAACAAUCAAUCCUCCCACUACAACUCCCUCGAUUAGUACAACCAACCCUACAACUUCAACUCCAUACAGCACUACAACUAAUCCUUCCACCACAACUCCACCUAGUACUACAACCAGUCCUUCCACAACUCCUUCCGGUACUACAAUCAAUCCUUCCACCACAACGCAAUCUAGUACAUCAACCAUUCCUUCCACCACAACUCCCUCUAGUACAACAACCAAUCCUUCCACAACAAUUCUUUCCACUACGACAACUAAUCCUUCCACCACAACGCUUUCUAGUACAACAACCAAUCCUUCCACCACAACUCCACCUAGUACUACAACCAAUCUUUCCACCACAACUCCACCAAGUACAACAAUCAAUCCUCCCACUACAACUCCCUCGAUUAGUACAACCAACCCUACAACUUCAACUCCAUACAGCACUACAACUAAUCCUUCCACCACAACUCCACCUAGUACUACAACCAAUCCUUCCACAACUUCUUCCGGUACUACAAUCAAUCCUUCCACCACAACACAAUCUAGUACAUCAACCAUUCCUUCCACCACAACUCCCUCCAGUACAACAACCAAUCCUUCCACAACAAUUCUUUCCACUACGACAACUAUUCCUUCCACCACAACGCUUUCUAGUACUACAACCAAUCCUUCCACCACAACUACACCUAGUACUACAAACAAUCUUUCCACCACAACUCCACCAAGUACAACAAUCAAUUUUCCCACUACAACUCCCUCGAUUAGUACAACCAACCCUUCAACUUCAACUCCAUAUAGCUCUACAACUAAUCCUUCCACCACAACUCCGCCUAGUACUACAACCAAUCCUUCCACAACUUCUUCUGGUACUACAAACAAUCCUUCCACCACAACGCAAUCUAGUACAUCAACCAUUCCUUCCACCACAACUCCCUUUAGUACAACAACCAAUCCUUCCACCACAACGCUUUCUAGUACUACAGCCAAUCCUUCCACCACAACUCCACCUAGUACUACAACCAAUCUUUCCACCACAACUCCACCAAGUACAACAAUCAAUCCUCCCACUACAACUCCCUUGAUUAGUACAACCAACCCUUCAACUUCAACUCCAUAUAGCACUACAACUAAUCCUUCCACCACAACUCCAACUAGUACUACAACCAAUCCUUCCACAACUCCUUCUGGUACUACAAUCAAUCCUUCCACCACAACGCAAUCUAGUACAUCAACCAUUCCUUCCACCACAACUCCCUCUAGUACAACAACCAAUCCUUCCACAACAAUUCUUUCCACUUCGACAACCAAUCCUUCCACCACAACGCUUUCUAGUACUACAAUCAAUCCUUCCACCACAACUCCACCUAGUACUACAACCAAUCUUUCCACCACAACUCCACCAAGUACAACCAUCAAUCCUCCCACUACAACUCCCUCAAUUAGUACAACCAACCCUUCAACUUCAACUCCAUAUAGCACUACAAGUAAUCCUUCCACCACAACUAAACCUAGUACUACAACCAAUCCUUCCACAACUCCUUCUGGUACUACAAUCAAUCCUUCCACCACAACGCAAUCUAGUACAUCAACCAUUCCUUCCACAACAACUCCCUCUAGUACAACAACCAAUCCUUCCACAACAAUUCUUUCAACUACAACAACUAAUCCUUCCACCACAACGCUUUCUAGUACUACAACCAAUCCUUCCACCACAUCUCCACCUAGUACUACAACCAAUCUUUCCACCACAACUCCACCAAGUACAACAAUCAAUCCUCCCACUACAACUCCCUCGAUUAGUACAACCAACCCUUCAACUUCAACUCCAUAUAGCACUACAACUAAUCCUUCCACCACAACUCCACCUAGUACUACAACCAAUCCUUCCACAACUCCUUCUGUUACUACAAUCAAUCCUUCCACCACAACGCAAUCUAGUACAUCAACCAUUCCUUCCACCACAACUCCUUCCAGUACAACAAUCAAUCCUUCCACAACAAUUCUUUCCACUACGACAACUAAUCCUUCCACCACAACGCUUUCUAGUACUACAACCAAUCCUUCCACCACAACUCCACCUAGUACUACAACCAAUCUUUCCACCACAACUCCACCAAGUACAACAAUCAAUCCUCCCACUACAACUCCCUCGAUUAGUACAACCAACCCUUCAACUUCAACUUCAUAUAGCACUACAACUAAUCCUUCCACCGCAACUCAACCUAGUACUACAACCAAUCCUUCCACAACUCCUUCUGGUACUACAAUCAAUCCUUCCACCACUACGCAAUCUAGUUCAUCAACCAUUCCUUCCACCACAACUGCCUCCAGUACAACAACCAAUCCUUCCACAACAAUUCUUUCCACUACGACAACUAAUCCUUCCACAACAACUCUUUCCAGUACUACAACCAAUCCUUCCACCAGAACGCCAUCUAUUACUACAACCAAUCUUUCCACCACAACUCCACCUAGUACUACAUACAAUCCUUCCACGACAACACCACUUGGCACUACAACCAAUCCUUCCACCACAACUCCAACUGUUACUACAACCAAUCCUUCCACCAUAACACCACUUAGCACUACAACCAAUCCUUCCACAACGACUCCACCUAGUACUACAACCUUUACUUCCACUGCAGCUCCCUCGAGUACUACAAACAACCCUUCCACUACAACUCUUCUUAGCACUACAACAAAUCUUUCCAACACAACUCCACCUAGUACUACAACCAUUUCUUCCACCACAACUCUCUCGAGUACUACAACUAACCCUUCCACAACUCCACUUAGCACUACAACCAAUCCUUCCACCACAACUCCUCUUACCACUACAACCAAUCCUUCCGCAACAACUCCCCUUACUAGUAUAAACAGUGUUUCCACCACAACGCCAUCUAGUACUACAACCAAUCCUUCCACCACAGCUUCACCAAGUACAACAAACAAUCCUUCCACAACACCACUUAGCACUACAACUAAUCCCUCCACCACAACUACACCUACUACUACAACCAUUUCUUCCACCACAAUUCGCUGGAGUACUACAACCAAUCCUUACACUACAACUCCGCUUAGCACUACAACCAAUCUUUCCACUACAACUCCACCUAGAACUACAACCAUUGCUUCCACCACAACUCCCUCGAGUACAAUAACCAAUCCUUCCACCACAACUCCACUAAGUACAACCAAUCCUCCCAUUACAACUCCACUUAGUACUACAACCAAUCCUUCAACAACAACUCCCUCUAGUACUACAAAUACUCCGUCCACCACAACUCCUUUCAUUACUACAAGCAAUUUUUCCACCCCAACCUCCCUAAGUACUUCAACUAAUCUUUCUACAUCAGCUCCUUUCAGUUCUUCAACCAAUCCUUCCACAACUCCAUCUUCAAUCAAUCCUUCCAUCACAACUCAAUCCCACCACGUCUACAUCAAUCACCGAAUCUUCUUCCUCCCCUACAACACCAGUUAG